UCGAAAGUCUUUCAACUGAGUAUUCGUAUUUCCAACAUUUCUGCGUUUUAAAAUCAAUCUUCUCCUCUGUCUCCGUCUCCCUCCUUGAGAUUGACGAGAUGGAGAGUUUGCCGACGACGGUGAAGCCGGAGAGGCGAGGCCGAUCCAAGACUCUUCAGACGUCGAAUCCCUCCAUGCUCAUGGCAUUCUUCUCUUGCCUUGCUUGGCUUUAUGUCGCCGGGAGGCUGUGGCAGGAUGCAGAAAAUAGGAAAUUACUUGCUAAUCUUUUACAGAAGAACGCAGCCCAGAGACCCAUGAUAUUGAGCGUUGAAGAUAAGCUGCAAGUUCUGGGUUGCAAAGACUUGGAGAGAAGAAUUGUGGAAGUUGAGAUGGAUUUAACAUUAGCAAAGAGUCAAGGAUACCUGAAGAAUCAAUUGCGACAGAGUGGAUCUUCUUCUGGCCCUGGUCAUAAGCUUCUUGCUGUUAUCGGUGUUUAUACAGGAUUUGGAAGUCGACUAAAGCGCAAUGUAUUCAGAGGAUCUUGGAUGCCGAAAGGUGAUGCAUUGAAAAAGCUGGAGGAAAGAGGGGUGGUCAUACGCUUUGUUAUUGGACGGAGUGCAAAUCGAGGUGAUAGCUUAGACCGCAAUAUUGACAAGGAAAACCAUUCAACAAAGGACUUCUUGAUACUUGAAGGUCAUGAAGAAGCUGAUGAGGAGUUUCCUAAAAAAGCAAAGUUCUUUUUCAGUACAGCAGUUCAAAAUUGGGAUGCAGAGUUUUAUGUGAAAGUUGAUGACAACAUUGAUCUUGAUCUUGAGGGUUUAAUUGGCCUUCUUGAACGUCGGCGUGGUCAAGAUGGUACUUACAUUGGAUGCAUGAAGUCUGGAGAUGUAAUUGCUGACGAAGGAAAGCAGUGGUAUGAACCUGAAUGGUGGAAGUUUGGAGAUGAGAAAUCGUACUUCCGGCAUGCGUCUGGUUCGCUUAUUAUCCUCUCAAAAAACUUGGCUCAGUAUGUAAAUAUUAACAGUGCAUCUUUGAAGACUUAUGCACACGAUGAUAUAUCAGUGGGGUCAUGGAUGAUUGGUCUCCAGGCCACCCAUAUAGAUGAUAGUCGACUGUGCUGCAGUAGCUCCAGACAAGAAAAGGUGUGUUCCGUGGCUUAAUUGAUCCAGAGAUCCUUUGUUGAGAAUGGCCAAUCUGGACAUAGCUGCUGAUUUUGCGGAGCUUAGACAAUUCUUUUGCUACACAGUUUUAUGUGCCUGAGUUCGCCCUCCAUCUGAUGCCAGGGGAAUUAUGACAUUUUCACUAGAUUCCUCUUUCAGAUUUUGAAAUAUACGGCAAUUUUUUUUCUCUGGGGAUAGUGACAGGUUGACCAAAACUAUAUACACUUCUUGUUAAUAUUAGAAAGUACAAAAUGGAUAUAUUGGAAUGUCACAUUUUUUUUUCUU